AGAAUUCCUACACCUAGAUCAUGUCUUGCCAAAAACAAAAACAUGGAGAUAAAAGUCAGAAGCGAUGGCGGAAAAAGAAGAGUUUGUAUGAUGCGUACCUCGCCGAUUCCGGCAACAGCGGUGACUCGUCUGGCGAUGAAAACGAGGACUCAACUUUCGAGCGUGAGGAGUACAACGUUGGAAUGGAUGUAAAUAUUUUGAUUCAGCAGACUGUCCAAAAUAUUGUACAGAGCGUCUGUCUGGAGGAUUCGGAAGGAUUUGGUACCUUUGGUGAUCAGGAACUUAUUUGCUUUGCUGCAGCAAUAAAGCAUAACAGUUCAAUCUUGUCAUUGCAAAUCCGUUAUUUAGACGUAUCGGACAUUUCGCUGGUCCCGCUCUGCAAGGCUCUGGAGCACCACAGUCACAUUCGCGCGAUUGAUCUUUCCGGAACGCGCGGCGGAGAAGGCACGAGCAAAGCGCUGAGGCGGUUGGUUUGCACCAAUCCGCAAAUUAUCUUCCUUCGGCUCGAAGACACUAUUAUCAAUCCGAAGGACUCGCUCGUAAUCGAAAAGGCGCUGCAGUACAACGCAAUGGCAAGCUCUGAUCCCAAUAACAACCCGUUUCACCUGGGGCUGUUGCGGAGAAUUGGCGCGAUGGAAGAGAAAGAGCACAAGUUUCAAGAGGAAAUGCAAGCGCGACCGUGGCUGUUUGGGGAUAGCGGAACGUCAAAAAAGGAUGGAAACCAGAAGAAAGCAAAAAAAGUGACACUUAGCACUGCUGCGUCUUCACACAUUGGGGGAGAGAUCUGCGCGCAGUUCAUUCAAGGCAAGUGCUUGUACGGUUCCCGCUGCAAAUACAUUCAUCCCGAACGCACCAUUGCGUUGAAAAAUGUUGUGACGUCAAACUUUCAUAAUCAGGCUGAGCACGGCGAAGGAGGCGAUGUUGUCUCGACUGCGUUUUCUACUGCAACAUCCUCUCGUCAACGUCUCCAGAGUCGUCUUCGCCCACCGCACUUUGCCUUGAAGAAGGCUAAGCCUCCGCCGGUUGCAUUGAGCCAAGGUGAAGGCGAUCAUGUAGAACCUCCGGUUAACGAUGUGGACCAUUCGCCUUCUGGUUUUAAUUUGUGGUGGGUUUUAAGCGGAACAGUGUUAUGCUGCUGCGCUACGUGCAUCGUGUAUUUUUGA